AUGUCAGGCGGGUCUCGUCGUCAAUACUCUACUCAAUCUAGAGGCUCUAAUAUUGAUGAAAUUAACAAUCAAAAAUCAAUUGAAUUUGAUUCUCUUGAAUCCGGAUGUGAACAAAUUAAGUUUGAAUACAUAGGAGUUGCAGGUGUUUAUAAAUUGACUAAUAAAAACGAUUUUAGUCGUUUUUAUAUUGGAAGUUCAAAUAACUUAGCUAGAAGAAUGGAAGAGUAUAAUAAAUUAACUAAAGGUUUACGUAACCCUCACUCCUCAGCAGAGUUGGAAGUAUCAAAAACUCCCGCUUCAGAAUGA